GUGAAAGGGGGAAAAAAUGCGGCGCCUCAUAUAUGAGGAGUGACGGGACCGCAACACAACCCUGCUUGACCAGGACUCCACCCAGAACCAGGCUCAGGGCAGGAAGCCCCGAUUCUUCCAGAUUAAGAGCAUCGCUGGUGGAACAUUAUGGAACAUUAAAUGUGGCUGACACUGCUGUCGGCAGCAAACAUCUCACCUUCACCCUCAAGAAGUCGGAGCAGCAACAGCGGCGGCAGCAGGCAGAGCGUGAUCACCAUGCGGAGAGGAAGAAGCUGAGGAGGUCCGCAGGACACCUGUCGAGUGAGAGAGGACCUGAGCCCUAGGACCAUGCCCCAGGACUACCUGACAUGAUGACUCCUUGC